AUGAAUAGUGUUUAUCACUUGGCUCCAUGCCAUUGAACAGUGGAUUUUUACAGUGUACAUUUUCAUCGAAAAAUACAUUUGGCCGAAAUUUAACGGUGUUUUUCGGUCACUCACUAUCAAAAAGUUUCAACAACUUUUCGAGCAAAAGUAAUUCGGCGAAAUGCACACUAUCAAAAAGGCACUAUCAUUAGACCUGCACCCCUAUCACUUAUAUAACGCUGAGGCAAAAAGAAACAAAGAAAAUAAGUUGAGGAUGAUAGCUGAUGUGAUUGAAUCUGAUAGAGAGCCUUACAAGCAACCCAGCAGAAGUGCUUAUCUAGAAGGAGACGAUGUCUACACAGAAGACAAAGACCUUAAAUCAGACGGUGAUGCUCGAUCAGAGCCCUCGUCCGCGAAAACUAAACAAAUUACAAAUAUCAACGACCCCUUGAUCCAGACAACUCCUCUUUCUGUAUCUUUUACUUAAUAGCUCCCUCAGUUAGCGAAAACUAUUAAAUUCCUUUUUUUUGCCAAAAACCACCCUCCUUGAGCCAACAAAAAAAUUUUAUGAAAAAAAAAUUGAUAUAUAAGUGAUAAUUAGUAAUUUGAAAUCUCGAGCCAAUUGCUUUAAAUGCUAAACAGCUUGCAUUUUAAAAAAUAAAUUUUACAAAUUAAAUAAAUAUUUGCCUUCCAAUUUUUUUCGAAUUAGGAUUUUUUCAAAUUUUGAAAAAAAAAUUAUAUAAAAUUUAUAUACAUUUUUAAAACAAUCUUUACCCUGAGCGAAUAAAAUAUUUUAGUUCUCUCACGGAGGAGGGGAAGUUAGAAACCUGAGCCUUUAUUUAAAAGAAAAAUGGUGUCUAUAAUACAAAAUAAUUCUGACACCAAAGAGAGAAUUUCAGGUUCCCCACAAGACUGCAAUGGGGAAUGCCUUUCAAGAGUCAUCAGCAAGAUGAGCGAGUUUUUACUGCUAAAAGUAAUGGCAAAGUAGUUCCAAGAAACACUAAAUAUUGAAAAAACAGUUAUGUCAGAGCUGAUAAGCAAUGGCAUCAGUAAAGAUGACUUACUUUUAAAGCUUACCAAUAAGGCAGAGGAGUUGAAUAGAGAAAACGCCAUUUUAAAGCUUGAAAAUAAGGGAUUAAAAAGUAUGCUGGACUCUUGGCAUAAGUAA